AUGGGUCUCGUGCCCUCCCGUGAGUCUCUCUACGAGACUCCGGCCGCCGCCUCGCAACCGCGCGCACUGCCCUUCAUCAGCCGCGCAGCAGAAAACUACAUGUACAAGACGAACCGCACGGGUCGUGUAUUUGGCUCUGGCAUGGCGUUGGGCUCUGCCGGGGACGCGCGGAUGCCAACGGCGCUGCUGAAUGGUGUGCCAACCGCCGAACUGGCGCACAAGAUUAUUGAGGCUGAUCCGAACGCCGUAUUCAUCGAGGACCCUGCAGAGGCGACGGCGGCGGUGGCUGCGAGCCGCGGAAGCCGUCGAGGCUCUGCCAAAAGUACGGAAGCUCAGGGCCGAGGCCGUGACGCCGGCACCCUAGCGCUGGAGACCCCCGCAGCAGAGGCGCUCAGACAGGGAAGAGUGCCGUAUGUGUACUACUACGAACACCGCGUGCUCCCUCUCACCACGGAGUUCUUCCCCUCCCCGGACUGCGUGCUCUUCCGCCAGCUGUGGCAUGCACGAAAGCAGCAGAACCCGCGGUACCACUUCCAGCUCGAUCACACGUGGUCGCCUGGCGCCCUGACAGACCCGACGGCCGUGUAUGAGUCCUUCACGGAGCUGGCGACGCGCAACAUGGCUGACAUUCAAGCGGCCUGCUUGUCAGCGGGGCAGCCGGUAACAAAAGAGAACCUUGCACAGGCGCGAGGGCAGCUGCAGGCGGCCAUGCGUGCCUUGAGCGGCGGUGACGGCGAUAUGGGGCACUGCGCCGCUUCAUCCGCAGGAUCUCAGCGCACUCGAGUACCAUUCGCCACGCGCGAGGAGCUUUACAACCUUGUCGUCCUCACAACAAAGGAAUCGAUGAUAUACGACACUAAUCAGGAGCUGCGCGCCGCCGUCUGCGGCGUGGCAACGUCUGGUGAGGCGAUGCGUAAGCGCACCGGUAAUGUCGAUACGGCGCCUGCGGCAGGAGAAAGCGGUAAGGCUGAAAGGCAUCGUCAGCGCUUGCGUCCUGUGCCGUGCGCCAUUGUCCUCGUUCGACGCUGCAUGCCUGCGCACGAGUAUCGGUACAUAUACUUUGUCGCGAACAACGAGCGCCAUCACAAGACAAGUGCCGGCGCCGGUGGAGGUUCUAGUCGCCGUCGAGGCCCAGCCAAUGCCUGUGGAACAGGAGAAGCGCAUCAACCGCAGCAGAGGGAGUCGCACUCGACGUUGGUGUGUGGUGGUAGUGUGCUCGCAGCUGUGGAGGAGUCACAAUUAGUCGACCAAACCCCUCCGGGUAAGGCCGGCGAUGACGAGUUGACGGUGCCAUGGGUGCAGGUCAGCGCACCGCAAGCGCCGCUCGGCCUUGCCGAGCUGCGGGUGGUGGGCAUGUACGGCUGCUGGACUGUAGAGGAGAUUCUACGACACACCCUCUUUGCCCCGACCGUGCACACCUCCUCUGACCCUGAUGGGGCGGCAGGCACUGUCGCGAUGCAGAAUUCGCCAGCACGAGCGGCACAUGUGGAGAAAGUGCUGCGUCGCGCCGCACCGCACGGUGUUCCAUCGUCGACGCUGGUGAACACUGCCUUCUUUGAGAAGCAGGUGGGCGACAAGGAGCAGUGUCACACGUACUUCGCCUUGUGCCGCCUCUUUGCUCACGGGAUGCGAAGGUGCAUCUUGGGCGACACGCCAGACAAGGCGGCGGUGACGAGCACGGGAGACCACGCUGCGUGCGAACAGACCUCCGCGGAUGAUGAGGUGCCCGACGAGUCAUCACAGCAGACGGGCGAGACGUUGACGGAGCGUCAGCAAGCGGACCCGGCUUGGCGCGACUUCAUGGGCGCCCUCUCAGGAGGUGCGUCGGCGAUGUCGGCUUUUAGUGACCUCGCGAACUGCUUUCUUAUUCGCUUCUCGAACAUUCCGCAGCUGCAGCUGUGCCGGCAAAUCCGUCGUAUGCUGACGGAGCUGCAAGGCAUAUAUCCGGCGCCGCCGUCGUUGGAGGGCUUCCAGGCAGCGCAGCGCCAGCGGAACAUGGUGACCAUGUCAAGGAGGAGUGGCACUGGCAACGGCGCAGGCGCGGGCGCUGGGGCUGGGGCUGGGGGCGCUCAGGGCGGGGACCAACGUGUUCAUUGUAGCUCUCCGCUGAAGUGCCGCAACGACGAUGAGGUCACUACUGUGCCGCCGAGCCUGCAGGGAGAAAGUGAGGCCUCCCGGAUGGACAGCGCCGGCGCGUCACCAUCUGCCGUCGCGGAGACGGAUGUCAAGCAGGAACACGAAGGCGUCGCCAUCGCUAAGCGAUGUGGAAAGUCUGCAGUCCUGCCGCUGUCGCUCGACCCCGAGGCAAUCGCCGAGCGUCCGCAUCAGCUAUGUGAGAGGGAUCGACUAGAGCGGGACGGGUUCUGCUGUUACGCGUCGCACGGCUUGGUCGUGUUCCGACUCAGCCGGGUCGCAGUCGGCCGCGCGCUCAACCAGCUGAGCUUUGCACCCCUGCACGACUCUGUCGAGGCGCUCUGUGUUACGUUGACAGCUGCCGCACCACCUCCGCUGACUUACCGUGGCGAGCUGCGACCACCAGCGAGGCUGCGAACACACACGAUGGCAGCGGCAGCAGCAGAUGUGAGCGGCUCAGGCGAGGAUGUGGCGGACGGGGACGACAAGGUGAGAGGCGGUGCUGUGGCAGGCGCUGAGGCGCACACCCCAGAGGCCCUUGCGAACAUGUACAACAAUGCAGUGCGGUACUCCUCCUCCUGCGCGACCGGCUUCUCGAUGGAGCCGCUGUGGCCGAUAAAGCUGGACAGCGCUUCGUGGGCGACACACGCGACGGCGCUGGAGGACACGCCUGAUGAGCUGAUUGGUGUCCUUCCUCGUAACUCGAUCGAGCAACGUCGCGGGCGCCUGCUCCCGCUGCGUGGUAUUUUCAUGUCAGAGGUAGCGGUGGCAGCAGCCAGCGUUGCUUGCAACGGUGGGGCUGCGUAUCAAGGUUGCAGUUCCGGCACAUCUGCACCGUCACAGCCCCAUCAGCAGCGCCACAAUCAGUCUUCGUUGUCUUCGACACCCGCGUGCGCGCUGUUUCAGGUGGAUGUGUACACGGUCUCUGCUGAACUGGACGGUAUGCCGUUUCGCGAAUUGGUGGAGCUGAUGCACCAGGAGCAGCAGCAGCGCUGUCAGUCGACAGCCUACGGCGCCACGCUGGAGAGCACGCUGCGCUUGAUGAUUGAGUCGGUGGAUGCUCAAGGCAACGUUGAGCCGGACAGCGUGUUGAACUGGAGCCCGAUGGCGGCGCUCGGCUCGCUGCGGUGGAAGCGGGCCCUGGCGGCGGCGGGGUGCGGGUAUGCUGGACCCAGUGGGGAUCGCAGCGAUGCAGGUGCCGAGGUGACCGGCAUGCGAAGCAUGUCGACACUGUCGGCAAACGUGCCGGGAUCGCAAGGGGUUGUGUCCAUCUUUGUGCGUGAACCAGAGCGCAUUUUGCACACUGGCGACAGGAUUCGUUUCGCACCACACCGUGGUGGGUCGCCGAACUCUGGCGAGCGCAACUCUCCCAUGGACGCUCCAGGCAGCGGCACCCCCCACACCCGGUCACGCGGCGGAGGCAACGCGACCUCUGGAACUUCACAGUACGGCUACUGGUAUGUGGACGACAAUUUGACGACGGAGGACAUGAUAUUGUCAUGGAUGCGACGUGUCGGUGGCCGCGCUCGCGAGACCUGCGGCACAGAUACUAAGUGGGUGCGCUUCCCCGAGCCUGUGCUGCAGGUCCUGCUGCGCUUCGCGCACACGUGCCGUCAGCAGCCGGGCGGUGGAUGGCUCAUCACGGGGCACGCACUACCUCCUCUGCACCCAGCCGACGAGGAGCUGGUGGAGCCGGACCUUCUGCAGAACUACCCGGACAUUUUGCGCACGCGCCGCUUCCGGCAGUGGCGCUUUUCACACGACGGCUACGUAUACUUUCAUGGCGUCACGGUGCGCAUCCCGGGUUCCUCCCCGCUGCCGUCGCACCCGCCACCCGCGGCAGCCAUGACGGCCUCAGCGUAUCACGCAGCGAUCCACAACCGCGCCGAGAUGACCUUUGGCAUGUGUGGCAGGCGCAGUCCAGGCGCGGCUGUCGUGUCGAGUGCCCGUGCCGUUUUCGAGCCUCCGCAGCAGCAGUCGGUGGUGCCGCAGCACAGCUCUGUGAUGCAGUACGGUGAGGAGUUACCGCUGUCGGACGUUAUGCCACAUAGUGGUAGCGGUGAAGGCGGAGGUGGCCAGUACGGUGCCGGCGCUGCCACUGGUGGACCCGCAUACUAUGCCAAUCAAGCGAUGCAUCCCCUCAUGGGCGGCAGUGGUAGGGUGCUUGGGAAGCAUUAUGACCCCUCGAUGGCGUCUCAGCAGCUGGACCCGCACCUUUCAGCGCUGCCUCAGCAGCAGCAGUUCUCGCAGCACGUGCCACAGCAGUAUCCACCGCAGCACCGUUCACAGAAAAAGCAGCACGUCGCCGGCGCUUCUCUUCACCACACAGUGCAGCAGCAACAGACGAUGCCGCAGCCACCGCAGCAGCAGCAGCAGCAGCACAGAGGGCCAGGGUAUGGCCCUGCCGGCCUCUACGGUGACUGCGCUGGGCCGGAGGCACAUUAUGCAUCCACUGACCACUUUUCUAUGGUAGGUGGCAGUGAGCAGGAGACGAUGCCAUCUGGCUACUACGGUGAUUCUUCGUCCAGCGCGGUCGAAGGGGCGGGCAGGGUGAGGCCUGCGACGCCAAAUACAGUGAAUGGGCUCUACUUCAACGACGCUGAUCCUCUGCAGAGCAACGCCGCUGCCACCAGCAGCAGCAGCAGCCACCGACAGCCGGAAUGCCAGCCCAGAGGCUACCAUGGCCACCAUGCGGAUGGAGUGAGUUUCAGCGAAGGAAUGCCCAGCGGCGGCGCAGGGUUCUUCAUCGAUUACCCGGACGGCACGUUUUACCACUCCUGGGACAGAGCGCACUCUGCCUCCACAAUAGUGGUACCGGCACAGGUGACGAGUAGCUUCUACGGGGGUAUCUACAACCCAUCUGUAGAGCAGCUGCCCCACACGCCGCAGCAACAGCAGCAGCAGCGUUACAGGUCUCAGGCGCAUUCGCCAUUCAAUGGUUGCGAACCAGCCAGCGGUCACGCGAGUGGGCCGCGGCACAUGGACAAUACGCUUCUGUCGUACGGACUACCGCCAAACGUUUCUGGCAUCGUGCCCCCUGGCGAAGAGGUACCGAAUCCGUCGAUGGCAGUUGGCGGGUGCGGGCGAGACCAGGAGGAAGCCACCAGUUCGUCCUCAGAGCCAUCUAUGAUUCAUGUGGCGAGCGGCAACCAACAGCACCAGCAACACCCCCGGCACCAGUCUCACUCAUCGAUGCUUCCACCGCCGUCUGCGCCAGCUCCUCCUCCUCCUCCGCAGCAGCAGGAGCAGGUGAAUCUCUCCUUACAUGGAGAAGGCGACCGGGCGGGCCACGCGUCCGAGCGGCGCACAACAGACGACUAUCCACCUCGCCGGAGCUCCACCAUAAUUCUCGCAACCACAGCCAUGACUGUAUCGGCAGUAAAGCCGACGUCUCAGAAGUUGAUCAUCCAGACGCUGCGCGGUACUCGCCCGACUGUGGGUCAUCGUGCUCCGCCAGUAGCGUCUUUUGCUCCUGACGUUGUCGACACGUCGCCUCUCAGCUCCGGCGGCGGCAACACGCGUCCGGUGAUGACGCCUAAAGACUGCACCGCCGAAAGGCUCCAUAGUGGAGCCGAUACGGUGUGCGAUGGCAGCAUGCCCAGCCGGCCGGCUCGAGCGCGUGCGGUGCCGGUCUGUGAUCCUGAUUUGCCAUCCGCCACGCAGCAGAUGCGUAUCGGCACACAGCACGUUUACCAGCAACCUCCGCAACAACAACAGCAGCCGGCACAACAGGCUCAGGCACCUCCUCCGUGUUCGCCUCAGCUGGCAUCCGGCCCUGGCUCGUUCCGCGACACCAUCACCGCGGAUGUGAUUGAGGCGGACAGCAUCACUGUGCGUGUCAUACAGCGCAAGUCGUCGAUGGCUCGCCAGUCGUCGCACAACGGGGCUACCGGCGGAGCAGCGGCGUCCGGCUAUAGGACCGGGAGCGGUGCCUUCGGAAACUUAUCCAACGCUGCUGGUGACGGUGGCGCCCCAGACGCCUUCUCGGCGUCGCCGAUAGGCUACGGUGCUAUGGGCGUGUCACCUUCUGGUGGUCUUGAAAGCAUGCGAGACGAAGCGAACUCUAUCCACCGCCAGACCGGCGGCGUCUCCGCCAACGACAGCCGAGCUGCCCCGGAUCUCCGGUCCUAUAGGCUGUCUCAGAUGCGAACCUCGACCACAGGCCAGCACGUGGCUUCUGGACGUAGCACCGCUGCUGUCUUUGAAGCUCCUCGGCUUCAGCACCAGACCAGCAUGAUGGGCUCUUCAUCACCGACGCGGCGGACGAGUCAGCGCAUGUCACACAAUCCGUACACAACUGCUGGCUCCCUGUAUGUCACACCGCUAUCGGCCGCUGCGGGGUUGUCGAUUCACUCGCAGGGUGGUGCUGGCGGGUGUAGGGCUGGCAGCAACGGGCCCCAAGACUCCUUUACGGACGCACUCGACAACCGCUAUGGCAGCGUCAGCGACUUCAACGGUAGCGUUGCUGCCUUUCCACUGAGCCUUGCACACAACGCCAACGGUAUGCCACAUGGUACGUGCUACUCGCGGUGUGCAGGCGACCCGACAGGGUUCAGGGGCAGUCCUGCAACCUCUCAGCGACCAAGUCUCUACCCGUCGCAACGCGCUGCAUGCGAUGUGGACGACUCGGCCCGCGCGGAGCAACAGCGGGAAGGGCGACAUGAGUCUUUCGCGUCCUUCUAUGACGGUGCCGAGGAUGCACCGACGUCGACACGUUACUCCGACAGUUACCAAAAUGCCGCCGCGGACGGCACGACGCAGGGCUUCUUCUUCUCCAUGGGCGACUACGAGGAAACUGGCCACUCAGCAGAGGAGCUGUACGGCGGUGGCCCCGGCUAUCCGUGUCAAAGCGCAGAGAGCCGUGUGCUGCAAUUGGAAGGGAGAACGGUUACGGGUGCCGGGCGUGGCGGCAGUGCCUACGGGGGCGUGCCACUACGUACUCGCAGCAUGCACCACCACCACCAACUGCAGCAGCGCCACGUGGGUGGUGGUAGUGCGUGUAAUGGUGACGCGUACGAGAGCAGUACUCCAUCGAGUGUGCUUCCGCAUUCUUCACAGACUCAGCACCAGCACGCUUACAGUCCAACGUCGCCAGCUUUUCAACGGCAUUAA